AUGACCGAAAGGUGGAAGUUGAAGCAGCACUUCGAUGAACACCUGAAUGGCUCCCAGGCGGAGAUCCAUGACGGUGGAGAAAGCAAUUUCGACGCCCUCAACGCUCAAUUAGCGCCUCUACCCGACCAUUCCAAUCACUCCGGAAUGGUUCUCGGGCUGGCGGAGAUGAUCGAUCUGCUGGCACCGAAAACAUUGGCGAUUUUGGCGUUGAACGAAAUGAAGAUUGACAAAAUAGAUCGAUUAACCGUUAUGAUCCAUCAUCACCACAUCCCGACGUGUAUCUUUAUCAACGAUUCUGAAAACUACUAUCGCUACAUUGCUGACAAUCUAAAGAAAUCAGUGGAAACGACCAGUCUGCUGCUCUGUCAUCCGGAUGAGAUGCUUCAGGAUAUUGCCGACCGCCGGCUAGCUCAUCGGUUGAGUUUGUAUAUCUUUUUCUGGGGUGCGAAGAGAGUUCCGACCGAUUUGGAUCGAUCACUGUUGAAAGAACCGUUGCGGGUAGCAGUCAUUACCAAUCCGAGAAAGAAUGUCUUCAGAAUCUUCUACAACCAAGCAAAACCGAACAACCAUGGUGAGUUACUAAGCGCGAACUGGUUCGACGGAAAUGAUAUGACGUUCAAAACGGUGCCGCUGCUACCGACACCCACCGAGGUGUAUAAAAAUUUUGAAGGUCGCGUGUUCACUAUUCCGGUUAUUCACAAACCGCCUUGGCACUUUGUUAUCUAUAAUCAGGUGAACGAAUCAUGGAAUGGAACUGAUUCCGAGUUUGAUUUAAGAGAAAACGGCACGGAAUCAGAAGAAGCUACUUUCAGAGUGACCGGAGGAAGAGACCAUAAUUUGAUACAACUGAUCGCAGAUAGGAUGAAUUUCAGCUUCAAAUAUAUUGCACAGGAGGAUAAGAUACAGGGAACAGCCAUGGGAAGCGAAGAAAACGCUACCUUUAGUGGUGCUCUAGGGAUGUUGCAACGUAGAGAAGUUGAUCUUUUCCUGGGAGAUGUCGCCGUCACAUGGGAACGGAUGCAGGCGGUUGAAUUCUCGUUCUUCACUCUUGCCGAUUCGGCAGCGUUUGCUACGCACGCUCCUCGGAAGCUCAGUGAAGCGUUGGCUUUGGUGAGACCUUUUCAACUUACGGUGUGGCCGCUGGUACUGAUAACCAUCAUAAUAUCGGGGCCAAUUCUGUACUUGAUAAUUGCGCUGCCAUAUCGGCUAGAAGAGUGGACGAGGGAUUGGUUUGCAAAGGCAACGCGUUUGAAAAUUUGUCGUGCAACGUCCUUCUAUCAUAUGCAGUACAUUCAGGAGAUGAACUAUCGGGUACCGCAACAUGUUGAGAUUGCUGGAACGCCGCAAUAUCCUAGUUUGGAUAGAUGCGUUUGGUAUACUAUCAACGUGUAUUUGAGGCAGUCUGCUGUCAUUCCGUUCAACGGUCACGUAGCUCGUUUCUUCUCCAUUCUUUUGUGGUUAUGCGCAACAUACGUUUUGGGGGAUGUUUAUUCUGCUCAGCUUACAUCUCAACUCGCUAGGCCGGCCCGGGAAUCUCCUAUCGAUACGUUAGGGAAGCUAGAAAUGUUGAUGGAGCGCAACGGCUAUCAACUGUUGGUGGAACGGCAAAGUGCUUUUCAGGCCGUUUUGGUUAACAGUACUGGCAUUUUACAGCGCUUGUAUCGUCUAACGCAGCGGCAUCCAUGUAACGAAUCGUAUUUGGUGUCCUCGGUAGAAGAAGGAAUACGCAUUCUGUCAGUCAACUCGAAACGAGCAGUGUUUGGAGGACGUGAAACACUCUAUUUUAACACCAAGCGCUACGGUGCGCAUCGUUUCCAGUUGAGCGAGAAACUAUACACGCGCUAUUCGGCAGUUGCCGUACAAUACGGAUCGCCAUUCCUGGAUAGUUUGAACGAAGUGAUAAUGCGCCUUUUUGAAGCGGGAAUAAUCGAAAAAAUAACUGUUGCUGAGUAUGAACGAAUGUUCGGCAGUCAAACGGGACAGUUCGCAGAUGAGUCGGCGAAGACUACGAAGUCGGAAAGCCUGGAAGCCGAUGGUGGUAAAUCGAAAAAAGUAGCCGAAAGUAACGAGAAACUGCAACCGAUGAAUAUGCGAAUGUUGCAGGGAGCUUUUCUUGCGUUGGCCUUCGGCCAUACAGUGGGAGCACUCGUACUUCUUCUGGAAAACAAAACAGUAUACAUUGCUCGUAUGUACGAGCACUUUAAAAGAAAUAGGCAGCAAUCGGGCAUUAUCAGAUCGGCUCAUUUUAAAAUCACGAAAGUGUUUCGUCGUUUCUGGAGGCAACUUCAGCAAGCACCUUGA